UCGGCGCGUCAGUUCAUCGUGUGCAAGAUCAAAAGCAACAUCGAAAAGGUUCGUAUCAAACGGUUUGUGUAGACGCGGCAAAGCGGGCAGAGGAAAAAUUGUUGUUGACCAGUGAAAGAAGGCUCAAUUAAAAAAGUACAGACGAGGCUCUUAUGCGCAAAACAAUGAAAGGUAAAAGGAAAACUUUUGAAAAGGAAAGCGAAAAAGAAAGCGACGGUGAACAGCCCAGCGACGAAAAUGGCGUCGCGUCCAUUUCCAAUUCAGAUAAUGGUUCUGAUGACUCGGCUAGUGAGAAUAAAAACACAAAAUCACGCAAGAAGAAGCGUUCAUCCCGAUCCCGCGGAAAGCAAGAAGAUCAGCUCGAUGAGACGCCCGAAAACGAAGAUCAGGAGAAGCCGGCCGGAAGUGAAAAUGGGCAGAAAAAUUCGAAACGCCGCAAGAAGGACGAAAAAAAACCUGCUGCCGCUUCUGAAGAAAAUGAGGAGGAUGAAUACGAGGUUGAAAAAGUAGUGGGAACGCGCACCAUAAAAGGUCGCCGUCAGUUUUUAGUGAGAUGGAAAGGAUAUGCAGAAGAUGCUGACACGUGGGAGCAAGAAAAGGAUCUGAACUGCCCGCAGCUGAUCGAAGAAUUCUUGGCCGAACAGGCAGAAGAAGAAUCCGCCGAAAAGUCUCCAGUCGAAAAGACCGAAAAGACAGAAAAAGUUGAAAAGUCCGAAAAAAACGAAAAGAGCGAAAAAACCCCAGCCGAAAAGACUCCAAAAUCAACAAAAAGCAAACCCUCGAAGAAGACUCCCAAGAAAGCAAAGAAAGACGAAGAAGCAAAAAAGGAAGAGGUAGAGGAAAAUGACGAGAAUGAAGAUGGUGAUGAGGAUGAGGAGAAAGAAUUCGAGGUUGAAAGGAUCAUUGAAGUCCAUUUUAAUAAAGAUAAGACACGAGAAUUCCUUAUUCGAUGGAAAGGAUUUUCUCAAAAGGAUGACACUUGGGAGCCAGAAAAGAACUUGAAUUGUCCAGAUUUAAUUUCAAAAUUCAUGGAGAAAGUGGACUCGGCAAAGAAAACUGACCGAAGAGAACUGAGGGCAAAUCCGUCUCUGACAAAACCUUACACUCUUGCCGCCCCUGGGAAAAGACAUUCUCGACGUAAUGUUGAUAAGCAGAGGUAUGCUUAAACCUAAAAGAAAAAAAAUGGGUCUCAUACCAAGGAUGUGACGAAUGAAAAACAGGUGACAGAAGGAAACAUCUACUACAGAUUUAACCAGGAAUCACUAUUGAUUACAAUUAAUGCAUUGUACGCGAAAUGCAACUGACCUUCCAUUUUUUUGUAAAAUGUCUCGAUUUUUUAUAUUUUAAAAAAUUCUGAUUGCACGUCUUAAAUUCAGAAACUCGCAUAGGCUUUUUCAUCAAGGAAUCAUUACAAUAACCUUAAUAGAAAGAUUUGCAGACAAUGCACUCCUUGGAUAAGAAUGCCUAUAGGAGUUAUUUUUUUUAUCUACAUUUAAGCCAACAUGCAGUCUUGUAGUCAGUGAAACUAACUGCAAAAAUUUACACAGUGCAAGUAAUCUACAUAAUUAUAACGACAUUUGUUCUAAGUAUUAAGUAUUUCGACAAAUAAGUGUAUGAUUUGAAGAAUUUACUGUAAUAGGAAUUGCUGAUUUCCUUAGAUAAUAAAUAAGAGAUAAGCAAUUUUGAAAUUGGUAUUAAAGUGUAAAAAGGAACAAUA